UUUUGUAAAUUAAGUACAAAUUUAGUGUGCGAAAAUAAAGUACUUUAAGUACAAUAUGGAAGUGUACUACUUUUUCACCUGGGUUCUUGCCCUCUUAGCAAAAAAAAGUGUGGUUGUUUAUUUACUUUUAUUGCUUUGUAGGAUAUCCUUUUUUGUAAGACCUGUGCGCGUAUCCCUAAAGAUUCUGAGAAUCCUCUCAGAGAGAUCCUAACUUAAUAGGAUUUUCUGCUGCAUAGCUGCAUAUUUUUCUAGUUACCGAAUCUGUUACUGUAGUUAAUGUAGUGAUUAUUUUCAUUUCUGGCGCUAUAUUAUGUUAUUAUGUCUCUAAUAGGAUCGGUCACAAACAUGAUUCCUGCACGAUCUAAUGUGUUGCAUGUUAUUAACUUACUGUCAUGCAUUGUGUGCAACAUUUUUGUCUCCCUCUUCGUGUUUUGCCCACUGUCUCAGUUGCUUAAAAAACUCUUAAGCCUCUUAAAAGUCCUCGUCUGUGCUCCUAACAAUUUUGACCUUAAGACCUCUUUUAAGGGUUAAGAUGCUUUCUGAAUUACUAGGAUCUUUUCUUUAAUUUUAAGAGUAAACGCCCACAUUUCUAAGAAUUUUCUUAGAAUUGCGUCACUAGGAGCCACUUUUUGCACUAAAGUUCUUUAGGGAUACGGGCCCUGAUUAUUACACCAAGCUUGUUAUAUAAUCAUACCAAUAACAAUUUUACAAUAUGAAACUAAAUUAAAUUAGAAGCUAACUUGUGCUUUGUUCUGCUUUCACCUCACUCCAGUCUAAACAAAAAAAAAACUUUACUACACAAUGUCAUAAAUAAUAAAUGUUGGCGAGUAUUGACAUAAAAGACAGGAAAACUACAAUUGCCGUUUCAAAAAUGAUCGGUUUUAUGUUUUUACUGUCAAAUUGUUCAUAAUGAUUUUCUCUGUUCAUUUCAGACCAGAUGAAGCCAAAAGAAGAAAUCACAAAUGCAAGAGAACAGACAGAUCAAGAUUUAAAAGCGGUAAAAGAGGAAUUUUCACAACUUAAUGAAAUUGAAGAGAAAACUCAUAAAUUGAUACCCAAGGAAGAAUCUCUGAGCUGCUCGAUAACUGUGAGGAAUUUGUCUCCUAAAAGAAACAACAAGCAAAAGGCAAAAGUCAAGGAUGCUUUUAUGUGCCCUCAGUGUGGAAAGACCUUCACAUAUAAAUAUAUACUUAAUAAUCACAUGAGACUUCACACUGGAGAAAAACCUUACAGCUGUGAUCAGUGUGAAAAAAACUUCUUUCGCAAGUCUUGUCUUAUUGUUCACAUGAGAAUUCACACUGGAAAAAAACCUUACAACUGUGAUCAGGGUGAAAAGACCUUCAAUAAUAAAUCGCAUUUUAGUGAUCACACGAAAACUCAUUACCAAUGUGGAAAAAGCUCCGUUCGUAAACUCGAACUCAACAGGCACAUAAGAAUCCACACUGGAGAAAAACCUUACAAAUGUGAUCAGUGUGGAAAAGGCUUCACGAAUCGAUACUCCCUUAAUGAGCACAUGAGAAUUCACACUGGAGAAAAACCUUUUAGAUGUGACCAAUGUGGAAAGAGCUUCAUUCGUAAACACGAACUCAACAGGCACAUGAGAGUCCACACUGGAGAAAAACCUUACAAAUGUGAUCAGUGUGGAAAAGGCUUUACGAAUAAAAGUCACCUUAAUGAGCACAUGAGAAUUCACACUGGAGAAAAACCUUACAGCUGUGACCAAUGUGGAAAGAGCUUCAUUCGUAAACUCGAACUCAACAGGCACAUGAGAAUUCACACUGGAGAAAAACCCUUUAGAUGUGAUCAGUGUGGAAAGAACUUCAUUCGUAAACACGAUCUCAACAGGCACAUGAGAAUCCACACUGGAGAAAAACCUUACAAAUGUGAUCAGUGUGGAAAAGUCUUCACGAAUAGAUGCCCCCUAAUUGAGCACAUGAGAAUUCACACUGGAGAAAAACCUUUUAGAUGUGACCAAUGUGGAAAGAGCUUCAUUCGUAAACACGAACUCAACAGGCACAUGAGAGUCCACACUGGAGAAAAACUUUACAAAUGUGAUCAGUGUGGAAAAGUCUUCACGAAUAGAUGCCCCCUAAUUGAGCACAUGAGAAUUCACACUGGAGAAAAACCUUUUAGAUGUGACCAAUGUGGAAAGAGCUUCAUUCGUAAACACGAACUCAACAGGCACAUGAGAGUCCACACUGGAGAAAAACCUUACAAAUGUGAUCAGUGUGGAAAAGGCUUCACGAAUAAAAGUCAUCUUAAUGAGCACAUGAGAAUCCACACUGGAGAAAAACCUUACAGCUGUGACCAAUGUGGAAAGAGCUUCAUUCGUAAACUCGAACUCAACAGGCACAUGCGAAUUCACACUAAAGAAAGGCCUUAAAAUGCCCCUACUACGAU